AUAUAAAGUCAGCAUUGACAUCAGCGUCUUUUUUGAAUCCUAUGAGUUAACCUCACUUUGAUUUGCAAUCAGCAGUGGAUUGAUGGAGGAAAAAAAUUAUUUACCACUUUGAAUUUUGAAAUCAACGACAGAAAAAAAUAUCAACAUUAUUAUUAUAUUCAAAAGUUUGGAUUUAUAGCUGCACUUUUACAUCCAUAAAAUGGGUUCCAAUGCAGAUACUCCAAUUUUGAAGUUUGGAAGACGUUCUGACUUGCAAGAUAAACAAGAAAAAUGUACAAUAUUGCUUGUAUCUUCUGGAUCUGGAGUUCUGAAAUUCCUGCAGAGGUUACUGGCAGUUAGCAGUGAUGAGUUCAAUGUCCAGUUUCAGAUCAACGUUUGUGAAACUAUCUCAGAAUUCUUGAAAUUAGAUGUUGACGGUCAUAUUGACUAUGUUGUUCUCUUUGUCAAUCCAGUCAUGGACAGAUGGCUAGAGGAGGUAGAGAGAAACAUUGCACUGUUGGAUACAGUGUACAUAUGCGGCCGCCUCUGCCUCGCCAUCGACACGUGUCAUACCAUCCCUGCCGACAUCAUCGAACCCAUCCAGCUGCUCAACAAAAAGUAUUCUCCUGCAACUAUUUUCGGAGAUCUUGCAAUUGAAGAUGGAGAAGAUACCGAAAUGAUGUGCCGGAAAAUACUAUCACUUGUGAAACUCACAUGCCUUAAUCAGUUUGGUCUACCUCUUGUUAUACAAUUUCCUUCAAUUCAAUAGAAAGUAGAUGAAUGCUUAAUUAGCAUUUUCAGACAUUAUCCAAACAAUUGAGCACGGAUUUUUAUUUUUGUAUUAUUUUACCUCAGUGUGUAUCAUUGUUACAUAUGUACAAAACAAAGAAAAGUUGGUCGUUCGAUACGUAGAUGUAAGUACAUUUUUAUUUAUAUUUAUGUAGAACUAGCUGGCCCGGCGAACUUCUUACCGCCAAAAAGUCAAUGUAUCUCAUGUCACACUUGACUUUAUUUGAUGAAUCAUGAAAUUUAUCUAACAAUCAUUUUUUUUUUCAUUUACAUCUCAAUACAGACUUCCUAUGUGCUUAGUCUUGCAGCAUUUAUUAUUCCGAAGACAUAUUCUUCUCAAUCAAUUAGUAGUAAUAUAUAUCAGUACAGUGUUGAAUUAAAAAAAAAUGGAAAUUAUUCUGUCAUUCUUCAGUAAUUAAUGAUGCAAUAGGAACAACUCUCUUUCAUGAGGUGAAUCAUUUUUCCCCAACAUUUUACAGUUUCUCAAUGGUAGGGGACUGAUAAUAUUAUUUGUAUAGAUCUUCUAAGGAAUCAUCAUCUACAGCCAAUCAACUACACUUCAACUCCAAACUACCCAGCCAAUCAACUACACUUCAACUCCAAACUACCGUAUAAAAAGGCUACCAGUACAAAAUCUAUCGACAGUACAGAAUAUUAAAUAAAAUUCAAUGAAAAUUCUUAUAAUCAAAAACACGUGAUCCGC